GAUGAGUCGCUCGGUAGGACACGCCGCUAGAAGCAUCGCUCACCGAAAGCGAGGUGGACGUUGGACGCUCCUGGGCACUGAACGCUCCGUCCUAGGAGUCAUUGCAUCUCCCGUUCGCCGCCUGUCGAGAGCACUUAUCCCUCCAGAUAGGAGAGACGACUUGUUCGGACGACCCGUACCCGCGCCUGGCCGAGAAGACGUGUUCGGAAGACUCGUGGCCUCGCUGGGUCGAGACGACACCGUCGCGCUAAACUUGGUCCCUUCGAGAAACGCGUUCAAAUACCGUUCCGAGCGUGCGGCGUCCGACCGCCCAGAGAGACCAAACUCGCCUCUUCGAGAACAAAGGCUGCCCCUGGGCAGCGGGAAUCCAGCCGUCCUUCCUAAGAGAAAAGAUGAAACGGAGUUGACUCGCUAUCUGGUUACUGGCCUGGUAGCGUGCGGCUCCGUGGUGCUCGGCCUGUGUCUGGGACUGUGAAGUCCGCCAAAAAAUGCGGCAUACACUCCAACACACUUGAUCCUUUUUUUUUUUUUUCUCUGAUGUCGCCGCCAGUGCUACACUGCAAAAUAUCGUACACGAACUCGCAAUAAAGAUGUGGCUCAGUCGAAGUCGCUGGUCAUCUCCUUAAUGUAAUA